AAAAAUCUACAAGGGAAAAAAAACAGAUUAUUGGCUAGAGUAUACAGCAUUGUUAUGUUUGCAAGAUGCUGAAAGUGCAUUCCAAAGAAUGAUGACAGCGAUUUGUAAAUGGGGACAAGCAGAAGAUAUGCUUAUUACUAGAUUGAACAGAGUAGGUGUUACAUUGUCACCAACCAGUAAGCAGAGAUUGAUUAAAAAAGCAGGAGAAAUCAGCCAUAAAGCUCUGUGUGAUUAUUUGAAGGAAAAGCCACUGCUAAAAAUUACUGGGGACAAUCUGGACAUAUACAUUAAAAGUUGUUGUGUAUCAAUAGAUAAAGGAAAUACAGAUUUCCAUUUAUUUGCCUCGAAUGCCUUAACUAGCAGGUUAUCAUCUGUAGAUAUGGACAACAGAACCCCUGUAUUUCCUGAGGUUAAUGGAGAUGUUUUAAAACUAACAGAGACAGAAAUUGACAACAUGAAAUAUUCAUAUUCAAUAUUGAAAACUUUUAAAGCUUUUUACAAGAUGGAUUCAAUGGACAAAUUAGGUACCUUGGCAUUUUGGAGAAAUAGACCGAAGAAGACUGAUAUUAAUGGCAAAGUCAAGAGUCACUUCAAUUUACACAGCAAAUUUUUCAAACUUAUUGUAAGGGAGCUGAUUCGAGAACAGGCAGACACACCAAAGAAAACAAAACAAUGGAAAUAG